GUAAGUACAAAAGAAUAUAUAUUUUUAUUUAUCUCUCAGUGGGAGUAUUCUUAGAUCUUUACCAGUAUAAUCAUAAAAAUAAAGCGUAACAUGUUCCGGUUUUUGGUAGAAAGAGAAAAUGAUAAAGCAUUCAAAUACAAAUUGAGCUUGCUGCAAUUUAUCAUGCGAUUAAUUAAUUUAUUGUUUAUUGUGACAGGCCUAGGUAGGGGUCGCGCCAACGAUAUGACUCAUCAAUCAUAUGAAAGAUGUAUAAAAUUGUUAUUUAAACUGCUAAAGCUCACAUUCUGUUCGAUAUCUAAAAUUUACAACAUUUAACCAGUUACAUGAAUUAAUUUAAUAACUAAAGACAACAUUUUAAUCUCAACGUCCACAUGAGCCCACUCUGAAUAUAUCAGCCACAUAGCUGAGGUGGGUGUAUGCUGCUCCCCUAUCUGAAUGUGAGCAGGUUAUCAAGUGUAUGUGCUGGUGGAUUCUCCUCUUGAAAUGGUGUAACUCCACCUACCUCACUUCAAACCACUUGAGUGUCCAAUUCCGAAGUAGCAUUGGGCAUUAGAGAAGUUUCUGUGCUGUUGUUUUGAUGGUCAGCCAUGGAUGAAGACGACAGCCAAGAUGAGCUGAUUAACCGCAGCUCAUCUCACAGCAAAGGAAAAAGAGCUGCAUUAUGGGCCAUCUCAGAUGACUCGGAUGAUCUCGACGAGGAAUCUGAAGAGGAAGACUCUGAUAGUGAUGAUGACGAAGGAGAUCAUACUGCAAAUGGAGAAGACGACGAGGAGGAAGAUAGUGAGGAAGAGGAUGAUAGUGAAGAGGAGGAAGAUGCUAAGUCAGGGAAAGGAACCUUUGGAGGAAGUUCUGCUGACUUUGCAGAGAUGAGCUCAGACGAUGACAGAGAAAAGUGUCCCAUCUGCCUGAACUCAUUCAGUAGCCAACCUGUUGCAACACCAGAGAACUGUGAGCACUACUUCUGUUUUGACUGCAUCCUAGAAUGGGCUAAGAAUGCAAACUCAUGUCCUGUGGACCGCAUUGUCUUUGACAACAUAUAUCUGAGGAAAUCUUAUGGAGGAAAAGUAAAGAAAAUUGUCACGGUUCAGAAGCCUGUGAAGGCAGGACAGGAGGAAACGGUAGACCUGGACUUGGAGCAGACCAACUGUGAGGUGUGUGGGGGCAGUGACCGCGAGGACCGACUCUUGCUCUGUGAUGGCUGUGAUGCGGGGUAUCACAUGGAGUGCCUCACGCCUCCUCUUGAUGCUGUUCCUGUUGAGGAAUGGUUUUGUCCUGAGUGUGAGGCCAACAAUCGCCAGUCAAGAGGUUCAGCUGAGGAGAUCAGUGACACAGACAGCCUGUUCUCUACUCCCCAUCCGGCCACCAGUAGGUUUCGAACUCACACCGCUGGUCCCACCAGGGCUAUCGCCCGAACGCAACAGAGCGAGAGAGUUCGAGCCAACGUCAACCGACAUCGCAUAACCCAGGCACGCACAUCGCAGUUGGCUCCAACAUAUCUGAUUCAGUCGACCUGGCUGGAUGAAACCAUUAAUGCUGUGGUUGCUGGACUCAACACCGCUGUGUAUGUACGGGACAUCACUCCUCGGGCGCCAUCGAGCCGGAGACGCAAAACUGGAAAACGUAGAAAGGUGAGACGAAAGAAGACAUCUUCUAAGGGGAAAAAUUGUCAAGCAGAAAAAACAGGAGUCAAAAGGAGAAAACGAAGGGCAAGGAAGAGCAAAUCUAGGAAAAAAGCUAUUGAAAGAAAGGUAGCCACUCCAAGAAGCCGUAUUGCCAAUAAUCUAGGAAUUGUAAAGGAUAAGAAGAGCUCCUCACUUCCAACAGUAUACCGACCGUCAGAGAACACAUUGAGUAGCAUGCGUGCCGACAUUGGAGCCGCAUCACUCUCCAUCUAUGGAGAUCCAUUUGACCUGGAUCCAUUUGUUGACCAUGAAGAGGUUGAAGAGCAAGCCCAGGUUACGUCGCUGUUGGAGGCAAAAAGGCGAGGGAUCUCUCGGUCUGCCCUUCGCUCUCAUCAGCCUGUGGCUCGUCCAGUCACUGCAGGCCUCUCCAGGAGAGGUGUGGACGUCCCUCACUCGCCGGGUGUUGUGGAGGCUGCCCCUGUCCCUGAUCUACUGGGAAGCAUCCUGUCUGGACAGAGCAUGCUCCUGAUGGACAGUUCUGAUGUCGUCAUUAGUCGAGAUGGUUCUCUUAAAGCUUCAAAGCCAAUGAUGCAACCUACACCAAUUCCAAGCAGCAGAAACACCAGCAGUUCAAGUGAUACCAGCACCCUCAACAGUCCAGGGUGUUCGUACAAUUUAGGAGACAACUCUGCAUCUCUGCACCACAAUGGGAAUCCAUCAGGAUCCUCACCUACCUCUGUGAAUGGACUGUUGACACCUCAUUUACCCUCCUUCAUGCCCUCCUCUGCCAACCACUACCAACCGAGACCACGUUCUGACUUAACCUCUGGAGUGAAUCCAAGUUUGCCUCCUCAUCCGAAUAGACCAGUAGCAGCCAAUGGCAUGAGAGCCCUAACAGAAAUGCCUUCUUCAUCUGCUCACCCCAUCCAGGUUUCCAACUUCAGGGACAAAGGAACAACUCUGUCACUGUCCCAACCUAAGAAAGCUCCUGUUAAACCCACUUGGGUAGAUGUGUCUGUGCUUCCUCGCAUACCUAAGAUAAAAAGAGAGAAUAGUAGUGUCACAAAUGACAGUACAGGUCAUGGUGGCCUUUCUGACAGUAGCAGAGGAAGUAGGAAUUCUGCUGGUGCUGGCGAUGGUUCUGGGUUGCCUAAAAGUGGCAUGAACAGCCUUUCUGGGGACAAAGGAAGGCAACAGAGUGUUGAUAAGCAGAAGGGCCACUCCGAUGGCCAUAAGAACAGGCCGGAAAGAGCCGGCUCAUCAUCAGCAUUCUCAAAUUCCUUCGCUUCCUCGUCCUCCACCCCUCCUGCAAGCCAGACUCGGCAUGCGUCAUUUUCUUCAUCUUCAGCUGUAAGUUUUCGCAUCAAUUCCAGUGGGAACUCCUGGCACGCCAGGCGGCUCAGCAUAACGUCAUCCUCUUCAGCCAGAAGCAACGUAAAAGAACAGUGGAGGGAAAAAGAAGAGGAAGCAAAAAAGAAGCAAAUGCACAAAGACAAGAAAACACUUCUGGCGUCUCGUACAGUCGCCAAGGAGCAAGACAAUAUUUACGAUCCUUUUAAUCCCACGCUAUCUGAUUCAAGUAGUUCGAGCGACGAAACUGAGCCCACAAGCAUGAACUUCAGCUCUCAAUUUGGCACUAACAGAGGGAAACGUUCUACUUUAGGUAGCAACAAGGGUUCAGUGCCACGACGUUGGGAUGCAAUUCAGGUGAAAACUGAAUCAGAGGAGACGGAGUUUUCGCAGGAAGUACCCAGGAGUUCGCAGCUUACUGUAACACCAGAAAUAAUGUUUACGGCAGAUUGUAUCAAAGUCGAAAAGAAAUCCGAUUUAGCCGAAGUUAAGCAGGAGAAGCAAAAGUUUUUCAUUGAUACUGUAAUUAAAAAAGAACCAAGUUCAGAUGAAUGUGAAAGUUCUGAUGACAGGGUUGUAAGUGAGAGUGAGAUAAAAAUCGAGAGUGCAGACAGCACAUCACUUUCUUAUCAACAUGUUAAACACAUAAAAGCGGAGGAAAAUCCUCAACAGAACAGUGGACUUUCUGCCGAAAUGUCCAGUAGAUCUCUUCUCAACUACAGGAAUAAUUCAUCACCUUCCUGCUCGGGUUCCAUCUUAAAGAAACAGAUGGAAGAGACCAAAUCAGAAGACUCACCAACCUGUUCCAGUACGCUGAUGGGAGAUUUGGGCCAUAGGAAGCAAACCUCCAAAUCGUCAAAGAAUCAACAUCCCAGUAGCUCAGAGACAGACAUAAGAGAAGACCUUCAUGCCUUGGAUAAGGAAGGCAAAAAGAAGGAAAGGGAAAAAUGUAGGGAGAAAGACAGGAGCUCAAGGCGAUCAAGGUCAAGAGAAAGGAGGAAGGCACAGUCAACCUCUGACAGCUCCCAGCCCAACUCUCCAGACAGAGUUUACAGGAAGAGGCAGCGGUCCCGAUCACAGUCCAAAGACGAGACAAAGAGGCGAUCCAGAUCAUGUUCGAGCUCUAGCAGCAGAGAGCGCUCAAGGAUAAAGAAGAAUAAAGGUAAGGACCGAAAUGAACGCACAGAGAAAAGCAGAGUGUCCAAGGACAGAAGACGUGGUCGAUCACGUUCCAAAUCAAGGUCCAAGUCACGGUCGAGAUCCAGAUCGAGGUCUAAGGAUUGUAAGCGUCACUUAUCUCGUUCAAGAUCUCGGUCUAGAUCUAGAGAAAGGAGGAAAGAUUGUGCCAGGCAACAUGCAACAGUCUCAUCCAGAGAUAAAGUGGAUUCAAGAGCUAAAGAUGGGAGACAAAGGACUAAUACCGGCUCAAAAGGGCGAAGGAAAGAGGAAGGAUCGACCAGAAGUACAGACAAAACCUCAGCUUCACACGAGACAUCCUCGAAAGGAACAAAUCUCCCACAGGAAAGAAAAAAGGAGAACGAAAUUACACAAAGAAGCUUAGAGAAGAACAAAUGUGCUGGAGUGAAAAAACAAGAGUUGCCUUCCUGUUCGUUUGUUUCUCAGGUAAAAGAUGAAGACAAAAACUUUGAAAGAAGAGAUAUUCAGGCUAAAGAAAUCCCAGUAGAAUUAAAAAAUAGAAAGGAAAUCAAAAAAGAAAAACCGCAACCUGUGGAUAUGUUUGAAGAUUGUCCCAUUGGUAAAGAAAUUAAAAGUGAAGAAAAGGAUAAACCUUCCUUGUCAGUGUCCCAGAGCGAUGAUGAGGUAAUGGAGGGUCAUGACAAGACAGAGUCGUAUGAAACAACCAUCAAAUCUGAGGCUAGCCCCACACAGGACUGCCCUUCUCCACCUGUCUCCUCACCUCCUACCCUGUCCGCUGAAGACCCCCUCCAGGAUUCAGUAUGUCAGUUUCAGCUAAGUUCAUUAGAGUCUGACCAACAACAAAACACAGCUGGAGCGGCGAACUCAUCAAAACCGGAACCUUCAGAGUCUGAUGAGGAUUUUAAUGUGGAUGUAAUGCUGGACAAUCUCGAUCACGUCAAAUCGGAGCCUGCAGAGGGUAGCGGCGCACAUGCUGAUGAGGAGAAAGAAGCUGUGGAGGAGAAGGAAGAAGCGGAGCCGACAUCAGCUGCAGCCGGAUCAAAGUCCAAGACUCAAGUGAAGCGUGUCACCUGGAACAUACAGGAGCCAGAAGGACCUCAGUCAGAGAAAUCUCCAAGCAAGUUAGCGCUGUAUAAGUUGAAGCUGAAGCAGGAAGGAUCUCGCAAACCCCCUUUGGCUGUCCAGACAUCCACUCAGAGCACUGUGUGUGACUCCUCAAAGAAAAGUGUUGCUGGUUUACUGAGUGCUAAUUCCAGCUCGGGAGGCCUCAACCCUGCGGAGUUAUCAACCACUGAGCAAAGAGAAGCAGAAGAAGGGGAUUUGUCAAGGAAAGACAAGUACCUCAAAAAGCUGCACAUGCAGGAGAGAGCUGUUGAAGAAGUGAAGUUAGCCAUCAAGCCUUUCUACCAAAGGAGAGACAUCAACAAAGACGAGUACAAAGAGAUUCUGCGUAAAGCUGUUCAAAAGGUGUGCCACAGCAAAAGUGGGGAAAUCAACCCAGUGAAAGUGGGAAAUCUGGUCAAGGCGUAUGUGGACAAAUACAAACAUGCAAGGAGGCAUAAAAAAGGAGACGAUUCAUCAAAGGUCCCUGAGGAUCAGUGUGAGCCAAUAAAACUCUCCGACAGUCCAUAAGGAACUAUAAACUCUCAUUGGCCCUCACAUCCCCUGUUUUGUGUUCUAUAUCUCAAGCAACCCCAAAAGAGAAAACUGAAAUGAAUACUCAGUUAUGGAAUAGUUUCUUAAAUGUUUGCUUAAUGUAUGUAUUACGUUCUUUAAAAGUGACUUGAAUUACCCGUUUGUGUCUUCAUCUUGGGUCGUCUCUGACUAAAAGUGAUUUGUUUUGUGUUGUCCAGUUGAGAAACAUUAAAAUGGAACCCUCAGUGUUGCCUUAAAGAGGCAAAACUUCAAGACCAUCCCAUGGAAAUAUAAAUCAGGUAGCCUUCUCCUUUAUCUGCCAUUUCACUCUGAGGAUACAGAGUUUUUUGGCUUCAUGUUGUCUAUGGGUGUUAUUGUUUUCUAUAAAGAAAAUUAGUUAUUUAUAAGUGGUAAAACUAAAUGUCUAUCCUCAAGUGGUGAAAUUAUGCAGCUAAUGCAUAUUCAUGACACAUUACGGAAAGACACUGAUAUGCAAUUUUCUAGAAAAAAAAAUAACCUGAAUCUCAUAGGAAUUUGAGAUUCAGUUGUAAAUAAUUGAGUUUUGAUAUAAAUACCCAAGGGAUUCUUUCAUCCGUUUUACAUGUUGUGAAUUUUUUCUUUUUUUUUUAAAAUAGAGAAUAUUUAAGUUUUGUAAUUGGAAGCCGGUGUUGUGUCUUCCACAUCUAACUCUACUAAAUGUAGUUGGAUGAAGGAAAAUUGUAUACGAGGUUUGUAACAUUUGUUCAUUUCUUAUUUUGGCGGGUUUGGAGGCCAUAGGGUGUAACACCAGGUCUAUGGUUUGUUUCAGUUAGUAACAGAAAUAUAGGAAAUCAGCUUUUAGAUUUUUGACAUCAAUUGAACAAUUUCUUUGAAUAAACAAUACUUAAUUUGUUUAUUUAUUUUAGUUUUUAACUAGUUGACAGCAUUUUCACAAGGCAUAAUAUGGAUGUAAUAGUUAGAACGACUAACUAUUUCAACCUUCCAUUUCUUUCUAAAUGUUUGUCCACUAUCCAAACCUACUGAUUUCAUGUCUUGUAUUUUCUUUAAUAUCUUUGUUUCAUUUGGAGCUGUUCGUGCUCUGUUCACUCGUUCACUAAUUAUUGACUAAAUUUAUUGGCAUUGAUGUAUGUGUUGGUGAAAUCAGCUUAUACACCUUCACACAUGUUGUAAAUAUUUCUCACUAGAGGUGCAACUGAAGUAAACAUGCCUUUUGCUAGCAAAAGGUUUUAACCCUUCUGCAGCAGAUAAAGGCUUACUGUAUUUGUUCUAAACUUAGUUUGUCUCAGUCUUAACUUUGAUUUAAAAUAUUCACAGCAAAACACAUUUUGAAUUGUUGGAUCUAUUGUUCAUUAGUUGCUUACUGUAAAGAUUUACUGGCUAGGUUGUUGGACUUUGGUUUUACAACCUGUGUAUAUAGGCUUCAUAAAGCCAGGGACCUGGAAUAUGGAAGAUGCUAAAAGAAAAGGUGCUCCUCCUUAUCUGAAUGUUUUUGAUUUCUGUUCAGUUAACUUGAUUGAAAAGGCUGCGUGGUUUUCAAAUGGGACACAAAUAAAACUGUGUAGUUUAAAAAAUGGCCAAUUUUUUUUUUUUGUCAUUUUAAGUUCCAGUACCUGCUCAUAGUGGAUUCCAUGUUAAUACUGCUGGUCAUAUUAUUGUGGUCUGAAGCAGUACUAUCAGAAGAGGCCAACACUUUGUCCCAUUUCAUACUUUGCUCCUCGUUCUUAGAGCGACGGGUAGAUCAUCCUAAAUGCUUCUGUGGUGCAGUGGCUUUCUACCCCUUAAGAACAUCUACAUUUGCAAAUAAAUUUCUAAAGGUUAACAUUUAUCCAGUUUGCAUAUAUUUACUGGCACAACCACCAUUGUAAAGUGUAGAUUCAACUACUGUGAUAUAUAUAUAGUUUGAUAGCUUAAAAUUCAUUUCAAACUAUGAAGGAGAAGACCAAAGGUUGCAUAUGAACCAGGGAUGCAGAGCCACCUUUGAUCUAUCAGAAUCAGUACCUGAGCUGAACCAGUACCACAACUGAACAAAAUAAAGUGACCUCACUAAGUCAGA